GCCCAAUCAGAGGAGAGCGCGGAGCCGUUGAGGUUUGAAUCGCGGGCAGAAAACAGCGGCAGACGACAGAAGCUUGUUUCCUGAUCUCCAGCAGCAGUGACGGACUUUCUGCGACACGACCGACACGUCCGUGGACUUUACAGCGAACAUGUCGAAGAAACAGAUUUACUACUCUGACAAGUACACCGACGAGGAGUUCGAGUACAGGCAUGUCGUGCUCCCGAAGCAGCUGUCUAAACUGGUGCCCUCCUCCCACCUGAUGACCGAGGAGGAGUGGAGGGGACUGGGGGUGCAACAGAGCCAGGGCUGGAUUCACUACAUGAUCCACAAGCCAGAGCCCCACAUACUGCUGUUCAGAAGGCCUCUCCCAAAGGAGUGAACAGGAAGCAUCUGUAAAAUACCUGCUAUCAUCUCUGCUUAUUAGUAUCGUCUUUGGACCGUACAUCGCUCCUGCAUACAUCUCUACAUUUGUUUUAAAUGUAUUGUGUAGCAAACCCUUAGUUGUGUUGUUGUUUUUCUUUCUAAGUCCCUC